AGACAGUUCUAUUUCUUGCUCGUUUCUUCCUCACGGUGGCGCUCCCGACAAUGGCUUGCCCAAAACGACAUCUUCCCACGGAAGCGUUACCUGACCCAAAGAAGGCAAGAUCUGAACAUGUUGCGCCCGCUACUCCUGCUAAUCCAGAAAUGCCUCAGCGCGUCGUUCUCAAUCCUGCUGACUGUGACUUAGACUUUACUAUUGGAAACAAUGGACUUUUUGGAUCUGCCCUUCACGAUCAAGGGUUUGCUUAUUGCUGGUCUGGUGCCCGGGCUAAUAUUGGAAUAAAUGGGGGAAAGUAUUGUUUUGGUUGCAAAGUUGUUUCAGUACAGCCAGUUGACAUGGAGGACACUACCGCUGAUCAACAGCAUGUCUGUCGUCUUGGAAUUUCUAGAGGGGAUGAUAUGGUAGGAAACCUUGGAGAAUCCAGAAACAGCUUUGGAUAUGGUGGCACAGGCAAAUUUUCAAAUUCAGGAAAAUUUUCAGAUUAUGGCGAGAAGUUUGGUAAUGGUGAUACAAUAGUAUGUUGUAUUGACCUUGAAAGUAAACCACUGGCUUCCCUCGGUUUCUCCAAGAAUGGUAAAUGGUUGGGUACAGCAUUCCAAUUUGAUGCUGGCCCAUUGGGUCUAGAAGUAGUGGAUUCUCCUCAAAAAGCAUUGCUAUGGGAAUCAGCACUCUUUCCACAUGUCCUGUUAAAAAAUGUUGUGGUACAAAUGCAGUUUAGUGUUGAAGAUGGCCUUGUGCCAAUAGAGGGGUUUAAGCCUUGGGCCUAUGCUAUUGGGGAAAGAAGUAUGGUCAUUGGACCUUCAUUUUCUGAUAUUAGGGAUUGUGAAGUCAUAAUGAUGGUUGGAUUACCUGCUUCGGGAAAAACUACAUGGGCAGAAAAAUGGAUAAGAGAGCAUCCAGAAAAGCGUUAUGUUUUGCUUGGAACAAAUUUAGUUCUUGAUCAGAUGAAGGUACCUGGAUUACUGCGAAAGAAUAACUAUGGUGAAAGGUUUGAUCGCUUGAUGGAUAGAGCAACUGAAAUAUUUAAUACAUUGAUGUCAAGGGCAGCUAAGAUACCCCGUAAUUACAUAAUCGACCAGACAAAUGUGUUCAAGAGUGCACGGAAGCGUAAGCUUAAGCCUUUUGCUGAUUUUUCAAAGAUUGCUGUUGUUGUAUUCCCUGAACCAGAAGAGCUAAGGCUACGUACUAGUAAAAGAUUUAAGGAAAUGGGGAAGGAAGUACCACCUGAUGCUGUAAAUAACAUGCUAGAAAAUUUUGUCCUGCCUAAGAGCAAGGAUAUGCCUGCUGCAGAUGAAUUUUUUGAUCAGGUUAUAUUUGUGGAACUGAACCGAGAAGAUUCUCAGAAAUAUUUGGAUCAGAUGAAGCAGGAUAUUGCUUCAAUGUCUAACAAGUUAUCAGCUUUACCUUGUGGAGGUUCUUGUCAGUCUUCUAUUAGAUCUCCUUUGCAAAAUUCUGGAAGUUUUGGAGGCAGUGGUAGUUAUUGCCGAAACUCAUAUGGUCCUAAUUCUUCAUCUACCUACAGGAUGGCCGGUCAAAUUAAUGAAGCAAGUCAAUCUACCAGACUUCUAGGAAGUUCUGGAGUAUAUCCAAGCGGCGAAAAUCUGCAUCUACCGAGGGCAGGUUUUCCAUGUGGGCCUUAUUCUAAUUACGAAAUUAGUCCUUCACUUAGAGAUAAAACUGUUUACUGUGGGACUUAUGGUAUCAUUCCAGCUGGUGAUUUUGAGCGAGUAGGUGGCCCAUACGGCAAGCCUUGUAUAGAAGGGAACAUGGGCUUUCCCAGUUCUAUUUCUGAUCCCUACAGGUGGGGCAUGCAUGAACCAUCUCCAGUUGUUCAUGCAAGGACAACAUUCUACUACAACACUCAUGGAGGACCUUAUGGUGACCUUGGAGAUUCUCGGCCUGAUCUAUUUUCUUCAAGAACAUCCGCACCAGCAUUUUAUGCUCUGUCCCCUACCACCUAUGGUUCACUCUCGUCAUAUGGGGCACCAAAUUCAAGGCCCCCACACGGAAAUUUUCCUGGUAACAUGCGCUAUUACGGAGGACAUGACACCCACCAUCCAAGAUACUACUGACUGCUUUUGUUAAUUUUGCUGGAUGAAUCGGAAAGUAGCUUAUGUUGUGAAGAGAUCAAGUCAGGCUUCGCUGACUUGCUUUUGCUCUUGGUCAUUGUCGCUAAUUUUAAACGUCAAUAGUGUCAAAAGAUAUGAAGAUCCAAUGUAAAUGAAACUUAAAAGGUGAGUUUUAUGUAGUGUUGUAGAAAAAAUAUAUGCAUAGAAAAAUGAUACAUAAAUAUAAUUUCGAUAUUCACGAAAGUAAAGUUUGUGUAGUGUGCUUGUGCACGCAUUGGUUCGA